CCAAAAUUGGGAUUUGUCACCCCUGCAUGAGGGACCUGAUCAAACUGGCCGGGGUCACCCUGGGAAAGAGGCGGGCCGUGCGGCGCCAGGCCAUCCGGCACCCGACGCGCAUCGACAAGGACAAGGGUCCCACCAAGGCCACCACCACCAAGCUGGUGUACCUCAUCUUCGACACCUUCUUCUCGGAGCAGAUCGAGAAGGACGAGCGCGAGGACGACAAGGAGAACGCCACCAAGCGCCGGCGCUGCGGCGUCUGCGAG